GCUCUGUUGGUCCACUACGCCGAAGCGGCGUUCAGCGUGCAGCUUGGGCCGGGUGUGGACGCGAUUCUUAGUGCACGUCGGCAAAUGCCCCCGCACCUCUCGGCUGAAUUCUGCACUGCAGAGCCCUGCAGAGUUGAAGGUGUCAGACUUGUCCUUUUUGUGGUCGUUUGUCUCUUAGGGUUGUAUACAGGGAAGGCAGAAGUGAGAGGGGCUUCUUCGCGUUUUUUUGUUUGUGUUGUUGGCUUUUGUGGUGCUGGGUAUUGAACCCUGGGCCUCACAUGUGCUAGGCCGUGUGAGCUCUGCUGCCGAGCCCUACCGCUUCCCCCACGGUUUUCCUCUGGUGAAAACCUGGCAGACAGUGUUUGCUUGAAGGCCCAGCCUGGGCGGUCAAGGCUGGGAAGGAAGUUUCACAGCGCACCUCAUUGUCCUGUUUUAUUUCUUGCUAAGAGCUACUGACCAAUAGUUUGUGUUGGGCCAGGAUUAAUGGCUGCUUUAUUUUUAGUAGCUCAUAGAAGGAAACGAGAUCUGGAUUUUAUUUUCCUGACACAUCCUGCUCCCAAUAGUCUUCCCAAAAGCCAAGUAAGCAAACAUCUUGACAGGCAGUCACCUGAGCUAUCUGGUCCAUAGGUAGCAUCCCUGUGUGCCGAAGGCACCUGCGGCCCCCCCACCCCCUCCAUCCUGGUUGUUCUCCCUGUUAACUGGGGUUUAUCAGGUAGCUUGUUUAAAGAACAACCUCUUGCCACCAUAUCACUGCGGUUUUGGCACCCUUAGUGUGGAGCCACCCUGGAUAGGCCCCGGGUCCAGCCCUGCUCUGGUGGCAGCAACACCAGAGGUCUAGAAUUUCUUUUUUUACAGCCCAUCAGAUGGCUGGCAGCGCUUGUUCUCUGUCAAAGCACAAGAUGGAAUUUUAGAUCAGGAGGGUAAGUUCACCGGUUCCGAGCUUUCUGUUCUCUAGGGUCCUCUCGAUCUUCCUGAUCAGCAGAUGGAGUGACUCACUAGAGUUGCAGGACCCAGAGAGGGAUCCCGUCAUUCUCUGUCCUGGCUGACCUUAGAGGACAAGGGUCAAAAUGUUGGCUGCUUUUUCCUUGGCCCUUUUACUUCCUUGACUUUGGUCUCCAAGUUUUUGGUUUUAAUCACCCAGCAAGCCUGUUUCACCAGUCAGAUGGCCAAAGUUGUGACUUAGUCCUGAGUUCAGUUUCCUUUUUCUCAAAGUGGACCAAGAUGGAGCAACCAAUACUGUCCCCUAACUCUCCUGCAGUUGGCUGUCAGCAAGUUCACCAGCACCAUGAAUCCUCAUCAUGGGAAUGGAGUUCCUUGGAGAGCCAGGCCUGCCCAAGAAAGCUGGAGCAGGGGCUACUCUCGGGUCCCAUCUGGGUUGCUAAGUUUGUUGUUGAAAGCUUGGUCUUGAGAUUUUCAAAGUAGAAAAUGAACUGCAUUUAGUUAAUUGUUGAAGUGUAAUUUAUGUCUAGUGAGGGGCACAGGUCUUGUAUCCAGUUCCAUGAGUUCUGAUAUACACAUCCACCCACUUAUCCCAUGCUCCUGUCAGGUGUAGAACCUGCCUUUCAUCCCUUGAGGUUGCCUUUCAAGCCUUUCAGGACCCUGCCUCAGCUAGUGUUUGUGACCUGACCACUUUCUGUAGUGUCAUGGAGUCACAUCCCACCUACAGCUGUGCCACCCACCACUCAGCCAUAUGGGUGUAUUUCUGGUGUGGCUAAAGAAGUUAUGUGCAAUUUUGGACCGUUUUUGUGGGCAUGUGUCUUUCUUUCUCUUGGGAAGACAGCAGGAGUGCCACGCCACGGCCAGGUGUGCAGUUCCUCAGCUCUGCAUCCCCACCAUCCAGGUGCCUGGAGUCUGUCAUUCAUCUCCCAUGGUGUGAUGGUGGCAUGCAUUUUUCUUCUGUGUAUUAUGUGCUCAGAUGUCUGUUCUGAAGUGUCUCAUAAGGCUUCAUCAUGUUUUUUAUUACUGAGUUGUGACAGUCUCUUCUGUAUUCUAUAAACAGGGCUUUUGUUAGGUAGUAUUUGUCUUGCAAAUAUUAACACCCCACACUCUUUUUUUUUUUUUUUUUUUUUUAGCUACAGGGGAUUGAACCCAGAGGUUCUUUACCACUGAGCUAUGUUCCAAUCAUUUUUAAGAUUUUGAGGGGCUUCACUGAAUUGCCUUGGCCUCCAGAGUCCCAUUCUUUGAACUGCCUAUUCAUGUUAUCAGUAGUGUAAUUCACAUUUUCUUAUUUUGGAACAGAUUUAGACUCUUAUUUUGGGACAGAUGCACUUGCCCCGAGAUAAUGGCUCACCUGACCUUACUGCCCUUAUAAGUUAUGGGGCUGCAGUGGCAUCACUGUGCGUGUCCCCAGCUUUGCCCGUCCAGGGCCCUAUGCAGGACCCCACAUUGUGUUUGGCUGCUGUGUCUUCCCCAGGCUGUGGCUGUGUCUCACUCUGGUGAAUUCUUAGGAUCUGAAGAGGCUUGGUGGGGUGUUUCUAGAACAUCCUGUUUGGGUUCCUCAGGUGGACUGACAUGAGGGACUGUCACGUCACUCAUGGCAGACUGAAGGAGCACCGGGGUGAUCAGGUGAGGUGCUGAUCCCAUCACACCCCUUUAGGGCCUCUCUGACGUCCACAGAAUACCCCUGGCCUGGUUGAGAUGGUGUUUGUAGGUGUCUCUGCUGCAGAGUUGCUCCUUUCCCCUGUCCCUGCUGUCUUACAGUGAGUCUCUGUCCAGCCCAUGCUGGGGAUGCUAUCUGAGAUUCCUCUGUAAAGAGUGUCUCUUUCGUGGUGUUUGGCUAUCAGUCAUGCACUUUCACCAGCGUGGACGUGCCCUGCACUGGCCCUGGUUUAUGCACUGUCGCCAGCAUGGACACACCCUGCACUGGCUGUGGUUCAUGCACUGUUGCCAGCAUGGACACGCCCUGCACUGGCCAUGGUUCAUGCACUGAGGCCAGUGUGGACGUGCCCUCCUCUGUCUGUGGUUCAUGCACUGUUGCCAGCAUGGAUGCACCCUCCAUUGUCAGGUUCAUGCACUGUGGCCGGUGUGGACACGCCCUCCACUGACUGUGGUUCAUGCACUGUCACCAGUGUGGACGUGCCCUGCACUGGCUGUGGUUCAUGCACUGUUGCUAGCGUGGACGUGCCUGCACUGGCCGUGGCUCGUGUACUGUCCCCAGUGUGGCACUGUGCACUGGCUGUGGUUUGGGGCUCGGCCGUGUAUUUCUGCUGUGUAGUCUCAGCUUUGUGUUGGGGCACUUUCAUCUGGCUACUGUCUUGAUUUUUGAGCACUUUCUUUCUCAUGCUCUAAGGUACUCUGGGCUCUUGCUCCUAUGUUUCCUGCCCUAGACCCAGGACCAGCCCCUUCUCCAGGGAGCCCUCAUUCCUAAGAUUGGAGGGUGGUCUUAGAAACUAGAAUCUAGGGGGCUGGGGAUAUAGCUCAGUUGGCAAAGUGCUUGCCUCACAUGCACAAGGCCUUGGGUUCAAUCCCCAGCAGAGAGAGGGAGAGAGAGAGAGAGAGGGAGGGAGGUAGAUAUGAGAAUCAAGGCCCAGGUGCUCCUUUUGCUUCUAGGGCCUCAGUGGACAGAACCUGCUGAUGGAGCUGAUUACACACUCAGAUCUAUGUGUCUGCAAUCUCUAACCUGGAACAUGCUGUUAGGCCCACCAUCUGCAGCCCAUUUCCUUCUUUAUUCAGCCCCAGUGUGCAUGCAGAGCACCCUCAGAAUUGGUCCUCAUAUCCCUUAGGCUCUAGAAAUAAAGUUACCAAGCAGAGCACAGAGUUCUGUGAGUUACAGUGGAGAUUUUUGUUUUGUUCUGUUUUGUAAAUUCCUUAGGAUUAUAUGUAAACAAUUGUAUCAUCUGUAUUGGGACAGUUUUACUUUUUCCUUUCUAAACCUUUUUUUUUUUUUUGGUACCAGGGGUUGACUCUGAGGGGUCCUUAACCAUUGAGCCACAUCCCCAGACUGUUUUUGUUUUUUAUUUUGAGAUAGGGCCUUACUAAGUUGCUGAGCCUUUCUAAUGUUUAUGGCUUUUCUUUUCUUUUUACUACAUUGGCUAAAACCAUAGAACAGUGAUAAAUAAUGUAAUGACCAUAUUAAAAAGGAGAAAAAACACAUGAUCACUCCAGUAAAUGUUGAAAAGGCAUUUAAUAACAUUUAAACCCCUUUCGUGAUGAAGGAAAAACCUCUUAGCAAACUAGGAGGAGAAGGGAGCUUUGUCUGUGUGAUAAAAGGCAUCUGUGGAAACCUACACUAGAUGUUGUACUUGGCAGUGGAAAACGUGAAGUACUUUAUCCCUAAAAUCAAGCAGCUAGCAUUGCGCCUGGAGCCCUUACCUUGGCAGUAAGGUCAGAGGUAAAAACCAGGUUGGUUUCAUCAGAUCAUAGAGGACAAGUAAAACUGCAUUUGCAAGUGAUGUGGUUAUGUAGAGAUCCUAAGAAAUAUUAAAAAAAGGCUGAGUAUAUUAAAUAAAAUCACGAAGAUCUUGGAAAUAAAAGUUUAUAUGCAGAAAUCAACUGUUCUGUUAUGUAUUAACAGCAAACUAUUAGAAAAUGAAAUCAGAAGUUCUUUUCUGUUUAUAAUCAUACCAAGAAAUAAAGUAUUUAGUAGUAAGUCUAACUAAAGAUAUGCAAAACCUCUUGACUGAGAACACGGCGCACUGGCUGUGGGAAACUGAAGUGACCUAGCGUGGGGGAGACGUGUUUGAAGUGGAGGACUUGACGUGGUUGGAAGACCAGUCCUCCCUGCAGAACUCAUGCAAGCCUUUCCUGUGAACUGACAAGCUGAUUCUCAAACGUGGAUAUGCGUGUGACUAGAACUGCCCACACUGUUGUCAGAAGCAGGUUCUUGUGGCUUGACCUCUGGCUGUGUAUGCACAGCCUCAGCAAUGGAGCACCCUGGAGCUGAGUUGGCUGUGGAGUGAUGUCUGAGAGCAGAGCAGCUGCCCAGCACAGAGACAAGUACAGCAAGGCUGGGAUGGUGGUCAGAACAGGUUUACUGCAAGGCCAGGGAAGAACUGAGGGGCACCCUAGACAGGGGUGGGCAGUGGUGAGGGAGAGGAGGCCCAGCCUCCCUGGGUGGAGUGCCACUUAGCCACUGAAAGGCACAGAUGUGCAGAUCAACAAGGCACUUCCAGAGGCCCUGUGCCAUGUGACAUAGCCAGACACAAAGCUAUACCUGCUAAGUGACCCCUUUGUAAGAAAUUCUAGAAUACAGCUCAGUGCAGUGGCAUAUGCCUUUAAUCUCAGCAGCUUGGGACUCUGAGGCAGGAGGACUGCGAGUUCAAAGCCAGCCUCAGCCACUUAGCUAGACAGUAAGCAAUUCAGUAAGAUCCUGUCUCUAAAUAAAAUACAAAAAAGGGCUAGGGAUGUGGUUCAGUGGUUAAGCACCCCUGAGUUAAAUCCCUGGGACCAAAAAAAAAAACCAAAGAAAUUCUAGAAAGCAGAUUUGUGGUGAUAGCCAGUCAGUGGGUGCCGGGGCCAGGGUUUGCAGGGGGGAGGGUUGCAGAGGGCUGCACUGCAGAUGCCCUGAUGAGGUGCGGUCUCACAGAUGUGUGUUGUGCACAGCUUUCCAGAACCUCCAGGUUGUGUGUUGUGUGCCAGUCGAACCUCAAUAAAGUUGACUAAGCAGUGCCAGUGUGACUGGAGUCUUGGACUUUUGGUUCCUUUUGUGACUUGACCUGGCCCUGGUUACCUCUCCCAGAAAGUGAGAAGGGACCCUGACCCCAGUUCUCCCCAGGGCAUGGGGAGAUCUACUGAGCACAUGUUAAAUGGACAAAAAGGAAGGAUGAGACUCCCACAUCCUGUAGGUGAGGGGCACCAUCUAAGGACUAGCCGUGAAGGAGGCCUUCAGGAAGUGUGCACUUUUAGUGGGGUGGAUCGCUGGCACUCUUCCAGAAAAGGCAAGCGCUGCUGUAGGCAGGAGGGCACUGGACCUGGCUUCAUAGAAAACCAUCCCUCAGGACUGGACACUGUGAACCAUACCGUGUGGUUACUUUGCCAACAGACCUGGAUGAAUCCGGCAUAAAGCAAAUUACAGGACAGAUGUGGGCCCCUCCCUGUCAAGGGACCAGAGCUUGUGCCCUCAGUCUUUGCCUUGUGGGCUGUGUGGACCCCAUAGUCCUCUCCCCAGGAUCCCCAAGGGGGAACUUGCCCACUGCCCUGGGCCAGUCGGAGAGCACCGUUCCUUAUUCCCCAGCCUCGAACUGGAACAUCUCUGCAUUCUUCCUGAGGACCUGCCUGGAAGGGAAGUGGGGACUGCUGCUGUGGAAGUGUCCUCGGUGCCAAGGUGUCCUACAGUGUGCUGCUCCCACCCCGCAGCUGUGUUUAAGUGCAGUUUCCUGGAGGCCCCGCUGUCCUCCUGCUCCUGGCAUGGCACUGCAACGCUUCACGCUCCUGGCUGGCCUUCUGGUGGGAGUUGCCAGCAAGUCCACAGAAAGUGAGGCCCAGCAGCCUGAGUGCUGUGUGGACGUGAUGGACGCCAACACUACAUGCCCAAGCACAGGCCUGUGUGGCCCAGGCUGCUAUAGACGCUGGAACGCGGACGGGAGCACCAGCUGCAUCCGGUGCAGGAACGGGACGGUGCUGACCUAUAACAGCUCGGAGUGCAGAAGCCUUGCUGCCUGGGGUGCGCAGUUCCCCAUGAACAGAAGCACAGGGCUGCCUGGACGGCCACAUUUUGGGGGUUCCCACGUGGCAGCUUCCCUCUUCCUGGGGACCUUCUUCGUCAGCGCAGGCCUCAUCCUCUCUGUGGCUGGGUUCUUCUACCUCAAGCGCUCCAGUAAGCUCCCCAGGGUCUUCUACAGGAGAGACAAAGCCCCAGGCCUGCAGCCUGGCGAAGUCGCUGCCAUGAUCCCCCCACCACAGUCCUCAGUGCGAAAACCAAGAUAUGUCAGGCGCGAGCGGCCUCUGGACCGGGCCGUGGACCCUUCUGCCUUCUCCACAGCAGAGGCCCGAGUCAGCCACGUCUGACCUGGAAGCUGAUCCAGACUGCACUGCCUGCAGCUUGGAGGCUGGAGGACGCCCCCUCAAUGAGCCCCCCACACAAAGGCCUUGUCACCUGGGGCUGGGGACAGGCCAGACCUGGCUCCCAGUGAGUGACAGGCUGAAGGGGAACCCACCCACUGGUUCUUGAAAGGCCUUUUGCUCCAUCCGCACGGCUUGGUUUGACCCACAGGAGCUGGCAGAUGUGAGACGGGGGGCUCAGGCCACAGCCAGACCCACACAGCCAGAACUGUUAGGAGACGGCAGGGGUCCCGAGGCUGCUUUGCACCUGGAGAAACCAGGGGAGGCUCUACCCUCUGGAGUCCGUGGUAGCAGGACCCCUCCAGGACCGCCCAGCCCAGUGGCCCCCACAGACCCCUCUAAGAGGAGUGAAGCUGAGGCCUGGCCGGCAGGCAGGAUGCAGCUGUGAGCCGGCUGCCGAAGACAGGCCUGCAGGUCGUCUUGCUCCUGUGGUGGCUGGGAGGCCACAGCCACACCCUCAGGAGCUACAGAACUGAGUUCCCUGAGGCACUGCUGUCGCAGUCCCAGGCCUGGCACCCCAGGCCUGACACACUGGCCAGCAGACACCCAGGCCGGGCACCUGCAGCGAAGUGUCCACACAUGGGUCCUCCUCAUCUGAAUCCCCAGGUUCUCUGGGCCUGUGGAAGGCAUGCUGGCCAGCGGCCCUUGCCUGGUGGUCCUGUCCCAGCCAUCCCAGGCCACCAGACACUGCCUGCACAUGGCUAGCUUGGCUGGGGCCACCAGCCAGGGCUUCCUGUAGAGGAGGCUCGAUGGUGGCCGCCUCCUGUGUGCUGGGCUCAGCACUUAGUGGGUCUGUCACUGUCCUCAGGUGUCCUGCCUCAUUUCCAUCGAGCCUGGCCCACUUCUUGGGGACAUGGCUGUGCUCUUGGCACUGUGAUUCUGUGUGCAGCUCAUCAUCCGCGAGUGGUGGACUUGGUCUCUGAGGCUGGCCAGCCACUGGCCCAGCCACAGGGGUGGGGUGCCCAUCUGAAGUCGAGUCGAGUAAACUCUUCAGAGCUUC